UUCAACUCUUACAGGAAAUGCAUACCGAGUGAAAGCGAGAAUUUACAGGUCACCCACACAGGCAAAAUCGGAUUUUUUGCUGCUACGUUCACUUCAGCACUGUGCACGUUCAAUGUGCAAGACUUUCCAUUCGAUGAGCAGAAAUGUGCAGUCAGCAUGAUGUCGCAGUCAUUCAUGCCACAAGAAUAUGGUUAUAAAACCGAACUGGCUCCGGGCACUUCUGACCGAACUGCAUUCGCUGGGUAG